AUGGCAAACAGAUCAUAUGUUGAACACCUUGCUUUCACUGCAUCGGAGGGAUUCCUUGCAGACAAAUCUCUGUUUGACCAACUAAAAGUAUGGCUCGAUAAUAAUAUCACAGGGUUUUUGAAGGUGUUCUGGGGAUUUGAGGUGCAAGAGCCCACCCAUGCCCAUAUAUUCGUUUUAUGGAAAUCACCUGAACUGCACAAACAAGCCUCACAACAUCCAGAGUUUCACUCUGGAUUCAUGCCACUCUUCUCAAAGCUGUUCACAGCACCUGGUCCAUCCGUCCAUCUCAUAGACUAUGAUAACGAUCCGACGAACGCCUUCAGCGCGGCUGUGACAGAGUUUGCAAUCGUCAAACCAAAGGAGGGACAUACACAAGCUGAGAUUGAUGAAGUGGCAGAGUUGAUCAAGGCGGGCGUGGCUGGGCAGGAUGGUAUUCAUCUGCCGUUAGUUCGAGGCCCAGUGGUAAAUUCUGAUCAAUCUGACUAUGCCCAAGCUGCUGGUUGGGACAGCAUUGAGGCUCAUUUAAAGGUGAUCCAAACGCCUUCUGUAGCUGCUCUGGGUGGGAAGAUCUUUGGGAUUGCCCAUAUGGAUUUUAAGCACAUUGUUUUGAAGGAAGCUUAG